AUGAGCUCUGGAAGGGACUUGUCGCCGGAGGAGCUUGCCAGACUGCCCCCCCGUACCGCCGAAAAGAAUGAUACCUUGUCGAUCUUGCGGUUCACGUUGAAGGCUAACGAGAAAGCAUAUGUCGAGAACUACGGCAUGCCUACGGUCUGCGCGAGCCCUGUGGACCAGGCUAUCUUUCACGAGGACGCGAAGAUUGACGACGUGGUGACCCUUCGGGAGUUUUGCCCCCAGAGAACAUUUGAGGUCGUUAUCCCGAAGUUCUCUGCCAAGCUCCCCCAUAUAAACAACCAGUUGAGGACGGUUUUCCCGCCGCAGUUCGAAACGGCGUAUCCAGAAUGGGAUCCUGCUCGGUACGAGGUCGAGCUCAAGGAAUUCGCUAGGGACACAUCGUACCAAGCGAAUUACAAGUUCCAUCGUCACCAAGACUGUGCGGUGGCUAUUGCCCAGGGUGUUGUGCAGGACGUCUACCAGUUCAUGAAGGACGUUAUGGCAAUUCGCAAGGAAAGGAUCGAGUGUGCGUUUCUAAACGUCGCGCUGGACAAUACCAAGGAGUUCCGUGUGCUCGCCUGGCACCAUCUCGACAACGAAAGAUUCGGGAACACGCUGGCCCGCCUCUUGAAGGGAGAUGCCAAGUUUGGCCUAGCUUUUGCGCCGCCGCCCGUAGAAAAGGCCAUGGACACUGAUUACUGGAGAGCCUGGCAAAUUUCCGCGGACCCUUGGAAGUCGACUGGGUGUGAUUUUGUUAUGGAGAUCCGCCGCCCGCUUGGCCGCGACGACCCCGGACAUAGGGUUGCUAGGCGCAACAUUGUCGCCUUCGACACGUACAGCGAGGUCAACAAGUCUGCACGCCCCGGCGACCGACGUCAAGGUAGUGCCUACGAGCAGCAAAUCCUGAACCUCAUCAAGAACGAUUUGCUUGCCGGGUCAGGAUUCAACACAUUGUUGCAUCCUCGUGGCGAUGGCGUUGACGUCGACGCUAUAACAAUGCAGCGAGGGGAGUGUAGCGGCGACGACGGAAAGGAUUUUGGCGGAAACUCGCUGAAAAAGGUCAACAUACUCGCCACCAACACCAAGGACGGGGUCUUGGAAGUUGUCAAGGACGGCAUCGGCGAGGCCACGUUUAAGCGCUUCUGCGAGUACCUGAAGGUCAAUCGCCUCGGGGUCAUCCCGCUCAUUGGGUUUGCCGGCUCCGGAAAAACCGAGAUGAGCAGCCACGUCGCCUUGUUGCUGAUGCGGGCUUUUGGGUCGCUUUACUGCGCGGCACCCACCCCAUGUCGCGACGAGCAACUUGGCCGAGCGUCUCUUCGACCUCGGCGUCAAGAUCUGCAAGAAGCUCGGCUCGAACUGGCGUGCCCCCCUCGUUGUCCGCGACUACAGGAUGAAUAA